AUGGAAGGUCCUGAUCCAGACGAAGGAGGAGGAGGUGGGAAUAUAGGAGAAUCUAAACGGCUCGGGUCGAGUCUGGGUCACUGGGUUAAAGGACAGCUUUCUCGCGCUCCGUCAGUUGCUGCGACGGCGAGUUACCGGAGAAAUGAUCUGAGGCUUCUUCUCGGAGUUAUGGGAGCUCCUCUUGCUCCGAUUCAUGUCUCUUCCUCUGAUCCUUUGCCUCAUCUCAGUAUCAAAAAUACCCCAAUCGAAUCAUCAUCUGCUCAGUAUAUUCUUCAACAGUACACUGCAGCUUCUGGUGGUCAAAAGCUACAAAACUCCAUUAAAAACGCUUAUGCUAUGGGGAAACUCAAGAUGAUAACUUCUGAGCUUGAAACCGCUACAAGAACAGUGAGGAAUCGAAACCCAUCUAAGGCUGAGACUGGAGGUUUCGUUCUCUGGCAGAUGAAUCCAGACAUGUGGUACGUUGAGUUAGCUGUAGGUGGUAGUAAGGUUCGUGCUGGUUGCAAUGGCAAGCUCGUAUGGCGACACACUCCUUGGCUUGGUUCUCAUACCGCUAAAGGACCCGUCAGGCCUCUACGCCGUGGACUUCAGGGACUUGAUCCGAGGACUACUGCGGCCAUGUUCGCGGAAGCGAAGUGCAUAGGAGAGAAGAAAGUGAAUGGUGAAGAUUGCUUCAUUUUGAAGCUAUGCACUGACCCUGAAACUUUAAAGGCGAGGAGCGAAGGACCGGCUGAGAUCAUAAGGCACGUCCUUUUCGGCUACUUCAGUCAGAAAACAGGACUCUUGGUUCACAUCGAGGAUUCACAUUUGACGCGGAUCCAAUCCAAUGGUGGAGAUACUGUUUUCUGGGAGACCACAUACAACUCGUCCCUCGACGAUUACCGCCAGGUCGAAGGGAUCAUGAUCGCUCACUCAGGACAUUCAGUUGUGACCCUUUUCAGAUUUGGAGAAGUGGCAAUGAGCCACACGAGGACAAAGAUGGAAGAAAGCUGGACAAUUGAAGAAGUUGCGUUUAAUGUUCCCGGUCUAUCUCUCGACUGCUUUAUACCACCAGCUGAUCUCAAGUCCGGUUCUUUAACCGAUUCCUGCGAUUACACACAAGAGGAAAGAGGGAAGAACAGUGCGGCCGCAUUGUCUGCAGCUCACAGGGCCAAAGUUGCAGCCUUGGAGAAUGGGAGCUUUGGAGAUAACCGCCCGGUUUGGCAUACUGAUGUCUAA